AUGUCCAUUCCUACCACCCAGAAGGCGGUUCUUCUUCACAAGGAGAGCAUCCCAUACGUGCUUGGGGAGCGACCCGUCCCGCAGCCCGGCCCGCAGGAUGUGCUCGUCAAGCUCAUGGCGUGCGCCUUGAACCCGGCCGACCAUUUCAUCGUCAACCCGCCGUUCUCUGCAAGGCUCAUCAAGCAGUGGCCCCACGUCCCCGGCGUCGAUGGCGCUGGGGUAGUCGUCGGGGUGGGCGCCGACGUCUCCCAACUCAAGGAAGGCGACAAGGUCUUCUUCCAGGGAACCGUCGCUGCUGACGGGGCGACUUGUCAGCAGUACGCCAUAGUGCCUGCGAAGUUGACUUCAAUUAUCCCGGAUAACAUUACGUUCGAGCAAGCCGCGACCAUCCCGCUCGGUUUUUACACCGCUGCGAUGUCGUUGUACAAUCAGAACCCUCCCGGUCCCACGAACCUCAGCCUGCGCCUGAAGCCGAUCUGGGAGCCCGAGGGCGCGACCGCCUACGCAGGCACGCCCAUCCUCAUCCUUGCCGGUGCCUCGUCGGUCGGCCAGUACGCUAUUCAGCUCGCCCGCAUCGCCGGGCACACCCCCAUUAUCACGACCGCGUCCCUCCACAACGCGCCCCUACUCACCUCCCUCGGCGCGACGCACGUGCUCGACCGCCACCGCUCCAAGGAGUCGAUCCUCGCCGAGCUCCCUGCGCUCAUGGGCGGCAAGCCGCUCGAGCUUGCGGUCGUCGCGAUGGGCGACGCUGAGGCGAUGCGCCUCGGGCGUGACGCGCUCGCCCCCGGGGGCGGGCUCGCGACGGUCGCGCCUGGGCCGGCGCUCGGGCUCGUGCCCGAGGAUGUGGUGAACCCCGGCGAUGGCAAGCGCGUUGGGUACGCGUUCGGCAGCGUGCGCCUGCCGUUCACGGAGGAGAUGGGUGUGGUUUUGUACAAGCAGCUGCACGGAUGGCUCGAGAAGGGACUACUGAAGCCGAACCCGGUGGAGGUGUUGCCGAAUGGGCUGGCGGGGGUCAGUGACGGGCUGGAGCGCAUGAAGGCCAAGAAGGUGUCGGGCAUGAAGCUUGUCGCGCGCCCGCAGGAGACGCCGUGA